GGAAUUUGUGAACAGGUGUAGCACCAAUCACUCUGGGGACUUAAUUAUGCCAGAUAAAGCAAUUGAUGGGAUUUUUGGGUUUGGUCGACAGGUUCUGUCUGUCAUAUCACAGUUGUCAUCCUGAGGGAUUACUCCCAAGGUUUUCUCCCACUGCUUGAAAGAAGAUGGCAACAGUGGCGGAUUAUUAGUUCUUGAUGAGAGAGAGCCAAAGCCACACCAAAUUUGAACAACACAGGCCUGAUAUCUCUAUUCUCUUUCACCAUCCUAAUUGAAAAGCUCUAAUCUAGACACAUAGAUACAGAUAUAUACACAUAUAUGAAGAUCAUGGGUCCUCUUCUUCCAUCUACACGCCUAAAUUCAGAAAAAAUCAAACGACCCAUUUGAAAAAAAUAAUUUAUAAGCAAAACCCAAUUCAGAUUUUGGCGAUUUAUGACUCACCAUCGGAGAUAAAGAUCGUAUAUGCAUCGAGAAAUAAAGCAAAUGAGUUUGGAGACGAUUUGGUGUUGUUGUGGGUCUUUUUGCAAACUCAAGUUUUUGUGACUUUCAUGAGUUUGAGAUUUUGUCUUUCUUUUGAGAGUUUGAGACAGUUGUGUAUGAAAACCCAUAAUUUAAUUGAGUAAAGUCUUAUGACGACUGGCCAUUGAUUUUUUGCCUUAAGUCAUGUUGAAUGUAAUAAGCACAUCUAUAUAAUAAGGGAAGAUGGUUUUUGAAAAUCUAUACAAAUGUCUGAGAGAUACAUUUAAUUUGGACGGCUGAGAUGUCUAAAAUGUUUAGAUCAAUGGUUUAGAUCAAUGGGUGGUUCCCGCCCAACACAUUUCAUUUGAUUUGCCUAUACCUAUCCUCUAUCUCCCCCAUACCCUCUAUCUACCAUCUGUCUUCCCAUACCCUCUACCUUCCCUCUCUAUCUCCCUCUCUGUCUCCCUCUCUGUCUACCGUCUGUCUCCCUAUUCCUACUCUGCACUGACUCUCCCCUCAGUAUCUACCUUCCCUCUCUAUCUCCCUUUCUUGCUCUGUUUUUGGGUUUAUCUUAUUGUAUUGGGUUUGGAUUUUGAGUUAUACGGGUGAUAUUGAGCCAACUGGUAUAUACGGGUGAGUUAUAGAUAUAUGGAAAAGAAAUUCUGCUCAGACUUUAACCAAUUCUACAGGUCAGCAUUGGUGAUUUGUCUGCUCUGCCCAUUUUGAGUUUAAAUUCAUUGAAGUUGAUGUUUGCCACUCUCAAGGAGCCAAUCAGAUUCAGCAAGGACGAGUCCUAUUGGUGAUCCAAUAGAGGACAAAGUGAUAGUGUCUGAGCUGAGAAAUGCUUCAAAUAGAAGAUCAAAUGGAACACCCAUAGACCAUGAAAUGUCGAAAGAAGUUGAGUCCAAGCAUAAUCCUCCCAGUGUGGUCGCCAAGUUGAUGGGGCUUGAUACCCUUCCAUGGCAACAGUCUGAUUCUGCUGCGCAAAGAAGUCAUUCAAGAGACUAUGCACGAAGUCAUUCAGGUAUUCCUUUGGCUUAUUGGCAGCAAGAACAUGGAUUGGACAUGCAAAUGCAACGUGAGAUCCAUCAGUGUCCAGCGCAUAAUGAGUAUAAGGAUGUUUAUGAAAUAUGGCAGCAAUCACAGAAAGGAAGUUAUGUAAGAGAUAAAUCACCACAGAAAAGAAGGUAUAAUGAGAAUACAAAUGAGAAAAAGAUGGCUUUAGUUCAUCAGAAGUUCAUCGAAGCAAAACGCCUAGCCACAGAUGAAAAACUUCGCCAAUCCAAACAAUUCCAAGAUGUGUUGGAAGUUUUAAGUUCUAACAAAGAUUUAUUCCUUUUGCCUUCAUCAGAGCUUCUGUGGAUCACUCUGACCACUUUCACCGUUGUUCACUCCGGCUGUGACAUCACUUCGGCUGCUCGGCUAUUCACUUCGGCUACUCGACAUCUUGCUCGGCUGCUCGGUUAGUUUAUUACUUUGGUUCUUAUUUUUUUUUUGCUUAAUUUUUUUUUCUGCUCGGCUGCUCAAUGCUUUGGUAACAUUUGGCUACUCGACAUCACUCUUUUUCCUCUCUCAGCUUUUGUUAUUUCUUUUGUUAUUGCUUUGCUUUGAUAUUGAGCCAACUGAUAUAUACGGGUGAAUUUUGUUCUUUUGUUAUUGAGCCAACUGCUCUGUUUUGUUAAAGAAAACAGUUGCUUUGUUAAAGAAAAUAGUUGCUUUGCUAACAAAGUGACUAUACCAUGGUUGCUAUGGUUUAGACUAUAUCAUGGCUGCUUUGUUAAAGAAAAUAAUUGCUUUGUUAAAGAAAAAAUAAUUGAUAUUGAGCCAACUGCUUUGUUUUUUAUCUCUUUUGUUGCUCUGUUAAAGAAAUAACAAAAGAAAAAAACUGUUUUUUUCUU